AUGACUUGUCCCGGGAAGCGGAGCCUUCGAGCGGCGUUGAUCCUCCUGUCUGUCGCCCAGCUGACUGCAGGUCUGAAGUGUGUGUGCCAGCUGUGCGCCAACCACACCUGUGAGACGGCCGCCGAGGGCGCCUGCUGGAACUCCGUGAUGCUGAUCGACGGGAAGGAAGAGACGGUCAAGUCCUGCCUGUCGCCCUCCGAGAUGAAGGGCCAGGUCUUCUGCUACAGCUCCAGAAACGUCUCCAAGAGGAACUGCUGCUUCACCGACUUCUGCAACAACGAGACUCUGCACCUACACCCAGAGAGGUCUUUAGAGGAACCCGGCUGGAGCAGGCUGCAGCUCGCUGUGGUGAUCGUGGUGCCGUCCUGCCUGCUCUGCGUGGGGAUCCUGCUCGGCUUGUUCGUUGUGCACGGCCACCGUUGUGCCUACAGCCGAGCCCACAAGAAGGACCCGGAGGAGGCUCUGGAUGACCAGAUGCUAAUGUCACCUGACAAAUGUCUCAAAGAUCUCAUCUAUGACAUGAGCACCUCAGGCUCAGGAUCAGGGCUCCCACUGCUGGUCCAGCGAACCAUAGCUCGAACCAUUGUCCUGCAGGAGACCAUUGGGAAAGGUCGGUUUGGCGAAGUGUGGCGGGGCAAGUGGAGGGGAGAGGACGUGGCGGUGAAGAUCUUCUCCUCCAGAGACGAGAGGUCGUGGUUCCGCGAGGCAGAGAUUUAUCAGACCAUCAUGCUACGGCAUGAGAACAUCCUGGGAUUUAUUGCAGCUGAUAACAAAGAUAACGGCUCAUGGACUCAGCUCUGGUUGGUGUCGGAGUACCAUGAGCAUGGCUCCCUGUACGAUUACCUGAACAGGUACACGGUCUCCAUGGAAGGCAUGGUUGUUCUCGCAUUGUCCAUAGCCAGUGGACUGGCACAUCUCCACAUGGAAAUCAUUGGCACACAGGGGAAGCCUGCCAUUGCUCACAGAGACCUGAAGUCUAAAAAUGUGCUGGUGAAGAAGAAUGGGACGGCAGUCAUUGCAGAUUUGGGCUUGGCUGUAAAACACGAUUCCAGCACAAACACCAUUGACAUACCGUCGAACCACAGAGUGGGAACCAAGAGGUACAUGGCUCCAGAAAUCCUGGAUGAGACGAUCAAUAUGAGCUGCUUUGAGUCAUUCAAGCGGGCGGAUAUUUAUUCGCUGGGCCUGGUGUUCUGGGAACUCGCCAGAAGAUGCUCUGUUAGGGGACUAAACGAGGAUUUUCAGCUGCCUUAUUACGACAUGGUGCCUUCAGAUCCGUCCAUUGAGGAAAUGAGAAAGGUGGUUUGUGAUCAGAAACUCAGACCCAAUGUUCCCAAUCAGUGGCAGAGCUGUGAGGCUCUGCGCGUGAUGGGCAAACUGAUGAGAGAGUGCUGGUACGCCAACUCUGCUGCGCGGCUGACUGCUCUGCGGGUCAAGAAAACAGUGUCUCAGCUGUCCACCAUCAAGGACGUCAAAGAUUAGUUCCAUUUGUUGCCCUGCGGAUCAGCGCCGGUGCUGGCGCUGGUGCAACGCGACGGGACUGGGAGCAAACAGGGAGAAGGUGGCGUCUCUCUGGCUGCCUGAGGCUGCCCUCUUCAGGACGCAAACACACCCUCAGAGAGCGUCAUCAGGUUGUUGCUGGUGCCAAAGUCUUGUAGGAGGUGUCCGUGGAAGCUUUAGCACGUAGACACCCGAAUCCACCGACAUUUUAACCAAAACGUUUGGUAGGAAGAGCCAUAUGAAAUAAGUGAUGUAUAUAAAGAUUGUUUUGCUACCUCAGUAUUUUAAGUGCCCAAAGCUUGAAGUUGCACAUUGUUUUGUGUUUCGUGCCAUAUCUUGCAGCGUAAUAUGCAGUACUGCUGGGUAGGUUGUGUGCUACGUGACAAUCACAAAGAAAACUGGAUGAAAGCUCCCAGUGGAUCCAGGCUGGUUUGUAAUGACACACCGUCCCCGAUCAAGUGUUCUAGAUGCUUUUGCAUUAGUUUGACCAGCGUUGUUGAAUGAUUUGUUGAAAACUCUGGAUAGUUUACGCCACACUUGGCAGGAAAACAGCCGCCGGAGAAUCUUUUUACAUCCACGACUCUUUAAUAAACCGUCGACUGUUGGCUAUUCAGGGUAGAGAGAUGAAUGGCUGACAGGACAUUGGACAGUUUGUUUGUUGGUCCACAACUAAAAGUAUUUACCCGUGGCACAGACAUUCGUAGUCCCUCCAAUGACUGAACUGUUCAUCUAGUACCACCAUCAAACACAGCUUGAACUAGUGAAAGCUGAGCCUGACAAACCAGAGUCGAGUCUUUAACCGGUCGCCCUAACAAGUUGUGAUUUACAGAACAACUUGACGCUACUCUCAGGCUAAACCUUACAUAUUUUUUGACCGACGAGUUGCAAACACGUCCCUUUUUCAAGAGCCUCGUGGCACAGCUAGUGCUUUAAACAUUUAAAUACUAUUCUUGAUACAAAAGACAAGCAAAUCUAUAAAUUCCUAAUAUAUAUAUUUUGCACAAUGAAGCUUUUGGUUAUUGGAAAGAACUGCUCUCUGAUAGCUGUAUGAUAGUCUUUGUAUAUGUAUUCAUGGAUUUGAACUUAACUUCAGUAUUGUUCUCAUUGGCUCCAAGUGUUGUUUGUAUUUUUUUUAAGCAGGGAAAAGUGACAUAUAAUGGUAUUUACAUGUGUAAUGUUGUAAUGCUGACUCAGCAGUUUUGCGGCAGGUUUCCAUAUUGUACCACAUGAAGAAAAAAAAUGAUAACAUGACAGUAAGAUGAAUCGAAAGCAAGAAAAA